AUGGCGGUCGCGGUGGGAAACGAGAUCCCAGAAAAUGGGCCAAAUGCUUGGUCAAACAUCAAUAUUUCUAUUCCAAUCUUGGUGUUUGGGAGCAUCGCACUGUAUAAUGUCCUGGAACUCAACUACAUGAUCAUCAUAACAUUCAGGAGGAGGAAAAGUCUGUACUUCUGGAGUCUAAUUGUGGCGUCAUGGGGUAUCGCCGUCAACACAAUCGGAUACCUCUUGCAACACCUUCAGCUUAUUUCAGACCAAUGGAUCUACUCAACACUGAUCUGCGUUGGGUGGAUUUGUAUGGUCACUGGGCAGUCAGUCGUCCUCUACUCAAGGUUGCACCUUAUCAUGUUUGACGUCAAAUGGCGUCAUGCCAUUGCGUAUAUGAUCAUCUUCAACGCCAUCGCAAUGCACAUUCCAGUCACUAUGCUUGUGUACGGUUCGAAUUCCGACAACCCGGGCCCAUACUUCAUGGCCUACACAGUCUACGAAAAGAUACAAUUAACUGUGUUUUUCAUUCAGGAGUGCAUCAUCUCUGGUGCAUACGUGUGGGAGACCACGAAGCUCCUGCACGUCACAAGGGACAUCCGCGGUAAACGAGGUGCCCACCGUGUGAUGGGCCAUUUGAUCUUCGUCAACGUCGUCGUUAUCAUUCUUGACAUCAGCGUACUCGCGCUGGAAUUUUCAAACUUCUUCGCACUCCAGACCGGCUAUAAACCGCUGGUAUACAGUGUCAAGCUGAAGAUGGAGCUCAGCAUUCUUAAUCGGCUGGUCGAGCUUACAUGCGCAAACUCGCAAGCCAGCUUGUACAUCUCCAACAACAAUAGUAACAGCAACGACAUCACCAAUUCCAUCAACCUGGACACUUUCAACACCGGCCAGCAGCGGCGCUUCAGGAACGAUCUAGGCGGCAAGGGGCAGCCAGGAGCCAACAAUAAAGCAGCGGGAGACAUCGCGGUGUUCGUUGGCUAG